AUGGACGGCGAUGGAACUGCGAAUGGACGCGAAAUGGCCAACGGGGGCACGCCCACAUUGACCAAUAAUGGCAUUGGUGAAAAUGCAAAUGGAGGCGAGAAUGAGACCAACAAGGUCGAUGAAGACCAAGCAGAAGAGGAAGAGGAGGAACAGGUCAAGCACGUUCGCGAGCUCGUGCGCCGCAAGCGACGACGUGCGCGUGCGCGGCUGAGCGGCCCCGCCUGGGAGGCCGGCGUCAAGGGCGCCGCCGACUGGAACGCCAACGUCCUACGCGACCGCUACCUCCGCGGCCCCUGGUACUGGGACCCCAACUCGCGCUCCCCUCAGUUGUUCAGAGAGUGGAACCUGGCGGGCACGCCGGCCAUGCUGCAGCUGGACGCGCUGGCCAAGUACCUCCUCCCGCUCACGCCCGAGCAGCAGUCGGCCCUGCUCGCCGCCUACACCGCCGCCGCCGCCGCCGGGCCGACCACCCCGCUCAGCGCCAACCCCACCACCCUGCCCCUGCCCAUCCAACCUACCUCCUCUGCCCUAUCAUCCGAUGCGAGCUCGGGCCGGAAGCAGCGAGGCAAGCGGGCGCGGCCGAAGGGUCCGCACUGUCGCAUGUGCCUCAAGGAGGAGUCGGCCGAGGGCGCACUGAUCCGGUGCACCGAGUGCAAGGACCAGUACCACCCGGACUGCCUCGAGCUCAAGAAGGAGAACAUACCCAAGAUGAUGUCCUUCGGCUGGCGCUGCAUGCACUGCAAGAAGUGCGAGACCUGCAAGGACACCGGCGACGAGGAGAAGGCGCGUGCUGCGCGUGCGUUCCAUGACAUGGGAUUUCACACCUUUUGUCUGUCGCCGCCGCUCAAGCGGCCGCCCAUCGGCGGCUGGUUCUGCCGCGAGUGCGUCGAGUGCAAGUCGUGCGGCGGCAAAACCGCGGGCAAGGCCAAGAGCUGUCGAUGGCAUCGCGGGUACACGAUGUGCGAGAUGUGCUACAAGCGGUACAAGCACAACAAGUACUGUCCGGUGUGCACGCUCGUCUACCAGGACAGGGACGCGCGCAACCCCGCCCUCCUGCGUUCUUGCGUCAGCUGCCGUCACUGCGUGCAUGCGGGGUGUGAUGGCAACUUUGCGGGGGUGACCUCGCCUUACCAGUGCCCGCCGUGCCGCAAGAAGGGCGCGAAGCUGCCCACCAGGACCGAGUCGGAAGAUGAAGAAGACGAAGAAGAAGAGGAGGAGGAGAGCAGGAACAAGAGCAGGAACAAGAGCAAGAAGAAGAAGGGACAUAAGAAGAAGGGAAAGAAAGAGGAAGAAGAGGAUGAAGACGACGAAGAGGAUGAAGACGAGGAGGAGGAAGACAGGAAGAAUAAGAGCGGAGGUCGCCAGUGGAUGGCAAGAGGAAGAGGAAGAGCAGAGGAGGGGAGAAAGAGGAGCGGGAAGUCUCGCCAGGACGAGGGGAGAGAAGGAGCAAGAGGACCAGGGCAGGAGAGCCAUAACGAGAGGCGGGGCACCACUGAGAUCGAUCGAUCGCUACUUGAUUAA